AUGUUCUAAAUUUAAAAUUGUUACUUGUUGUUAUACAUGUUUAAAAUAUUUUUAGAGAUCAUAUAUGCAAUUCUGAUCACUUAGAUCUUGAUAAUACUACCAAAAUAAAUUAUUGUAUUAAUGAAACUCUAUAUAAAUUUAAGAAGAUAACUCUUGAAGAUUAUGAAUUUAUCAAUUGAAAUAAAGAAGCUAGGAUAGGAACUUUUGAAGAAGCUUAAUUAGCAAUAGAUUAUUAAUUACAAAUAGAAAUAAUUAUUCUAAUUUUAAAUAAGAAAAAGAAUAAAUCAAAUUACAACCAAAUUUGAAUCAUUCAAACAUUAUAUAAUUAUUCAAAGAUAGAGAAAUAAUAUAUUCAGCCCCUUGAUAUUUCUCAAAUGGUUCUAGCAAAUGAUUAUUUCUAGAUUAUUAAUAUUAUAUUAUAUAUUAACAUGUAUGUUAUUUUUUUUUGAGUCUCGAUUGAUAAGACAUUUAACUUUUUAAUUUAUUUGA